AUGGAAAUGCUACUCUUUGGUGUCUGGGCCCUGCUGGCUUUGAUCUCUUUCCCAGGGGCCACAGAAGGGCUAUUUGAGGUCUCUGUUUGGCCAGAUCCGGCUCUGGUAAAGUUUGGAGAAUCCCUAGUGGUCAACUGCAGCACUAACUGUCCAGACCCAGGACCCAGCGGAAUUGAGACCUUCUUAAAGAAAACCCAGGUGGGCAAAGGGCCUCAGUGGAAGGAGUUUCUGCUGGAGGAUGUCACCAAGAAUUCCAUCCUGCAGUGCUUCUUCUCUUGCGCAGGGAUCCAAAAGGACAGAAGCCUGGGCAUCACCGUGUAUCAGCCACCAGAGCAGGUGAUCCUGGAGUUGCUGCCUGCGUGGGUGGCCUUGGACGAAGUCUUUACAGUGAAGUGCCAUGUGCCCAGGGUAGCACCCCUGGAGAACCUCACCCUGACCCUUCUCCAGGGUAACCAAGAACUACAUAGAAAGACCUUUAUGAGUUUGGCUGUGGCCUCCCAGAGAGCUGAGGUCACCAUCAUUGCCAAAGCACAAAGGGAGGACCACAGGUGCAAUUUCUCCUGCCAUGCAGAACUGGACCUGAGGUCACAUGGUGGUGGGCUCUUUCACUCCAGCUCAGCCAGCAAGCUGCUCCAGAUUUUUGAAUUUUCUCAGCGUCCCCAAAUCUGGGUCUCCCCACUUAUGGAGGUUGAGACAGCAGAGACUGUGAGCUGUGGGAUGGCGAGAGUGUUCCCAGCCAAAGAGUUAAUGUUCCAGAUCUUCUUGGGGGACCAGGAGCUGAGCCCCUUCCUCUCCUGGGAGGGAGACACCGCAUGGGCCAAUGCCACUGUUCGGGCCAUGGAGACUGGUGAUCAGGAGCUGUCCUGCCUUGUAUCUCUGGGUCCGAUGGAACAGAAAACAAGAGAACUAGUGCAUGUCUAUAGCUUCCCUCCACCAAUCCUGGAGAUAGAAGAAUUAUACCCACAGGCAGGGACAGAUAUUAACGUGACCUGUGCAGGGCAUGUGUUAACAUCACCCAGCCCUACUCUUCGACUACAGGGAGCCCCAGACCUCCCUGCCCCCGGGGAGCCUGCCUGGCUUUUACUUACCGCCAGGGAGGAAGAUGAUGGCCGAAAUUUCUCCUGUGAGGCCUCUUUGGAGGUUCAGGGUCAACGGUUGAUCAAAACCACCACAGCCCAGCUUCAUGUCUUAUACAAGCCUCGGUUUGAGGAAUCUGAUUGCCCUGGCAACCAAACAUGGCUGGAAGGCAUGGAACAGAAGCUUGCCUGUGUCCCAAAGGGAAACCCAACUCCAUCGUUGGUAUGUACCUGGAAUGGAGUGAUCUUCGACUUUCAAAUGCCACAGAAGGCAACCCAGAACCACACUGGAACCUACUGCUGCACGGCCACUAACCAGCUGGGCUCUGUCAGCAAAGACAUUGCUCUCUUUGUUCAAGAACUGAAUGAAGACAUCAGCUCCAUCGUCAUCAUUCUUAUUGCCGCCCUUGGAAUAGGCGUAUUCAGCAUUGCACUGUAUUUUAACUAUCUGCCCUGCAAGAUAGAGAGGAGGAAAUCGCCCUAUAGGCAGAAAGAGGAGGAAAGCCAGUUUGCUGUUCAAGCAGAGACAUGCAACGCCCAUGACUGUUAAGUAGAACAGCUGUUUGGUUGAAGGUGACCUCUAUUACUGGGUUUUCUAAGGGAGGAAAGGGGGUAGAGGAGAAAG